UUAAUGCAAUCCCAACAGGUAUUUAUCCCCUUUCACUUUUUGUUUUUCCACUUCUCUAGUUGUCUUCAUCUUGGUCUUCACUCUGCUCUUGCUCAAGCAAAUUAGGUCGGAAUUUUGAUUGAGAAUGGGGCGAAAGAAGGUGGAGUUGAAGCGAAUCGAAGACAAAAGCAGCCGUCUGGUGACUUUCUCCAAGAGGAGAAACGGAUUGAUUAAGAAGGCUCGCGAACUCUCCGUACUCUGCGACGUUGAAAUUGGUGUAAUCAUCUUCUCCAGCAGCGGCAAGCUCUAUGAGUUCUGUAGCAACGGAAGUUUGGACAAGAUUCUCGAAGAAUACGAGAGGCAUCUUGAAGGGGAAACUGCUUCUUUCAAAGGUGCUAAUGAUAGAAAGAUCCUUCAAGUGGAUUUUUCAAGAUUUAAGUCAUAUGCAGAGCUACUGCAAAUAGUUGAAAUGCAACUUGAGGGUCCAAAUCGUGAGCACCUUAGCUUGACCGAUCUUAUCAAAUUGGAAAAUCACUUUGAUGCUGCACUGACACAAACCAGAGCUAGAAAGACAGAACUGAUGUUGGAGUCUAUAAAGGUUCUCCACAAGAAGGAAAUUAUGCUGAAAGAGGAAAAUGGACUUCUAGAGAGGGAGAUUGAAGCAAUAGAGAAUGAUGUUGGCAUGAUGAAAAGGCUCAGAAGCCCCCAAAACCUCCAUUUGGUUCAUGCUUCAGAACAAACAACUCUAAGUUUACUUCACUGAUCAUCUAGAAGAAAGCAUUAUAUUGCCUGCAAGGCUUGAAUUAACGGUGAUAGGAAUUGUAGGGCCUCUAGACCUUAUCAAUUUCCAAGCAUGCAUAUGCCGCAUAUGCCUAACAGGUAGACUUCUUUUUCUUGUUGUCAAGUUAUCUGUCCAGUGAUUUGGUCGGUUGUCUUAUUAAGUACCUCUUUGGCUCCACCUUCUUUGAUCCAAGUCUGUGAUCUAUGGUUGUAUGACAUGGCAUUAUGUUUUGAUGAUUCAUCAAGAUAUCCAGUAAAUUUUAGAAGAUUGUGGAAGACGUAGUAGUUAAUAAAUUGCAGGUGCUUGUACUCAUUUGGAUAUUAUGUUAUGAUGACUUAUCAAGAUAUCCAAUAAAUUUUAGAAGUAUCUGCAAGACAUAUUUGUUAAUAAAUUGCAAGUUCUGGUUUUUAUUGA